AUGGAAAAAUCUGACAACCCUUCUGAUCACCUCGUAAAUCCAGCAAAUCCCCUUUUUCUACAUCCAGGAGAAAACCCUGCACUCGUUCUCGUCACUCCUUUGCUCGCUGAUAACAACUAUCAACAAUGGAAACAUGACAUGAUUGUGGCUCUCGAGACAAAGAACAAAGAGAAAUUCGUUCUUGGCACUCUUGCUUAUCCUCCUUCCACCGAUCCUCUACAUGACGCUUGGAAACGAUGCAACAAGAUGGUGAUGUCGUGGCUCACACGAUCCAUGACACCUUCCAUCAAACAAUCGGUUAUGUGGAUGGACACGGCUGCUGACAUUUGGUGCGAUCUUCUUGAGUGUUUCUCUCAUGGUGACAAAUUCCGCAUUGUUGAUCUACAAGAGGAGCUUCAAAUCUGCAAGCAAGGUGAUUCCACUGUAUCACAGUAUUAUACUCAUCUGAAAAUUCUUUGGAAAGAGCUUACGAUGUAUCGUACGCUUCUUGUUUGUACCUGUUCCUCUCCAUGUAAUUGUGGUUUAAUUCUCAAAAUCAAAAAAGAACGAGAUGAUGAUUGUGUUAUCAAGUUUCUUCGUGGCCUUAAUGAUGAAUUCUCUCAAGUCCGUUCUCAAAUCAUGCUCAUGGAACCUAUGCCGAAUCUUGUGAAAUCUUUCUCCCUAGUUCUUCAACAAGAACGUGAGUUAAAUGGUUCUUUCUCUCAUAAUUCACAAGAGUCAGUUGCUAACAUCAAUUUUCAAGAUAAUUCCAACAAAAACUCUUUCACAAACCGUGGAGGUUUCUCAAAUUCUCGAGGCAGAGGUCGUUCAAAUAGAUCCGCUGGACGCAACAAUAAGUAUUGUGAUCAUUGCCAACGAACAAAUCACACUUCUGAAACUUGUUGGAUCAAACAUGGACUUCCAGUAGGUUACAAGAACAGUUUCAAGAAUAAUUCGAGUUCUUCUAAGCCUUCUGCUAGUAUUGCUGAAAGUGAAUCUUCUAUUGUCACUGAACCUUCUGUUGUGGAAUCUGACAAGCCAAGUGCUCAAUUUGGUUUCUCUAAGGAUCAAUAUCAAACCAUACUUGCCUUGUUAUCACAAUCACAAAAAGCCUCUCCUCCAGUAACAAGUGUCCAUCAAUGCACUGUUAAUUCCUCAGGUUCUGUACCUUCCUCUUUCUCUUGGAUACUGGAUAGUGGUGCUACUGACCACAUUUGCCCUUUCAAAUCUGCUUUUAAAACUCUUAAACCAAUUUCUCCUAUUUCCAUUCGGCUACCUAAUUAA